AUGUCGACGACUGCAACUGCGACACCCUCAGGCUCGGCCACUCUGACGGGCACCCUCGCGUCGUCUCUCGCCUCCUCUUUCUCGACCGCCCUCUCCACUACACUCUCUGCAACAUUGAGCGCCAAUGGAACCAUAACAUCGAGUGCCUCGUCAACGUCGUCGACUGAGGCCGCUACUCCAUCAUCACUCAAUGUCGCAGGCAGCGAGAAAUACCAAGGAAUUACCCUUGUUGCGUUUCUCACUGCCCUGGCCACUGGUCUGGUGGUCUUCGCCAUCCAAAUCCUCGCCUUUCUGCUUCUGAGAAACAAGAUCGCGCGUAUCUUUAAGCCAAAAACAUAUCUGGUCCCCGAGCGCGAAAGAACCGAUUCACCCCCUAGCGCACCAUGGAGCCUAAUCAGCACGCUGGUUAAAUACGACGACCGAGAGAUCAUCAAGAAGUGCGGAUUGGAUGCCUACUUCUUCUUACGAUACCUCAGAACUCUUCUCACCAUCUUCAUUCCAAUCGCGGCAAUCGUCAUUCCCAUUUUGACUCCGCUGAAUUAUAGCGAUGGCCAAGGCCACAAUCUCGUCGACGAUGCCAAAAAUAAGACCACUAAUGGCACCAGCUCUGAUCAAGUCCGCCUCAUGGCCAGAGCCAACACCGACGAUUCAUCUGUACCUACCGGCCUGGACACUUUGGCAUGGGGCAAUGUGGGUAAGAACCACACUGGUCGAUACUGGGCACACUUGAUCCUUGCAUUGCUUGUGAUCAUUUGGGUCUGCACAGUCUUCUUCUUUGAACUACGUGUUUAUGUCAAAGUUCGUCAGGACUACCUGACGAGUGCUGAGCAUCGGCUCCGUGCUUCUGCCACAACUAUCCUUGUGAAUAGCAUCCCUUCCAAAUGGCUGACGGAAGACGCCCUUAUGGGUCUAUUCGACGUAUUUCCUGGUCAAAUUCGGAACAUCUGGCUUAACCGCGACUUGACUCCACUCCUCGAAAAGAUUCAGCAGCGGGAAGACGUCCAUCUGAAACUCGAAGCCGCUGAAACGGAUCUUGUCAAAGCUGCAAAGAAGAAGCAACUCAAGAGGAAAAAGCAGGAAGAAAAGGCUACGAGAAAAGCGUCCAAGUCCAAGGGUCCGACAAGGCAAGAGCAGGCUCUCAGGAGACAAGCGGAAGAUGCCGAGGCUAAAAAGAGGGCCGAAGCCGGCCAAGGUGUUAGUUCCGGUGAGCAUGAUGAGGUUCCUCAUGAUAUCAGCGCUGUGAUCAACGAGAACAACGAUGAUGCAAAGUCAAGACGUUCGAGCAUGUCAUCCUCGGACUCAUCCGAAGAUGGUAAUCGACCUCAGUCUAAGGGCUUCGGGCUUGGCCUUAUCGGCGAUGGUGUCACCAAGGUUGGAAAAGGAUUGCUUGGCGGCCUUGGAAAGGCUCAACGAGAAAUCAAGGAAUUUACUGAAGAUGUCGACGACACCGUCGAGACCACAAACGGCUUCGCCAUGCUACACCCAAAUAAUUGUCCGCGCAAAGUUCAAAUCCUGGCCGACAACGAACGACCCGCCACGGCCAAAAGUGCAAAUGACACCACGGAGGAGCAUGUCGAACCGCUUGCAAACAUCGGGACUCAAAAGACUCACUCUCGGAAUGUUUCUGCUGUCUCCCAUGAAACCGCCGAUCCGAACUACAAGCGAAGCUACGAGCCAUUUGGCAACGGCAACACCGUUCGCAAAGUCAGCAACCUGGACCACAUGUACGAUCAGGAAACGCGCAAAUUCUGGCAAUUUUGGAAAGCCCCUGCUGGCGGCUACGCGUCCCCUGUACCUCAGGGAUUCGACGGCGGAGAGUACCCAUUCAACAAAGCAUCAAAGGAUAAGACCGUGUGGCAGAAGAUCAAGUCCUACAUUCCCUUCAUGGGCGACGAUGACCAAAUCCCAGUCGACUAUCCCGAGUGCAAUGCUAUCGGAGGCGAAUACAAGAACAUCUUGGACGAUGACGCAGAAUGGCGCAAAUGGAUCAAGGAGAAGGACAGGCCGACUCAUCGACUUCCGCGCUGGGGUUUCCCGAAUUGGCUUGCCUGGCUUACUUUUGGCCCCAAGGUCGACACUAUCUACUGGUGUCGCUCUGAGCUGGCCCGUCUAAACGUCGAGAUUGAGGACGACCAAGCACAUCCUGAGCGGUAUCCCCUCAUGAACUCCGCUUUCAUCCAAUUCAACCACCAGGUCUCAGCGCACAUGGCUUGCCAGAGUCUCAUGCACCACGUUCCAAAGCACAUGUCACCUCGAAUCAACGAAGUCUCGCCAAAGGAUGUUAUUUGGGAUAACAUGGCCAUGGAGUGGUGGCAUGAGUCGAUCAGGUCUGGCACCGCCACUAUCGUCAUCGCGGCCAUGGCCUUCUUCUGGGCUAUUCCUAUUGCUUUUACGGCAUCGAUUGCCAACAUUGAUGGCCUGGUUGAGCAGUUUCCUUGGUUGAGCUGGGUGAAAAAGGCUCCCAUCGACAAGGUCGCUUCUGCCAUCGCUGGUGUCUUGCCGGCGAUUCUGCUCGCUCUCUUACUCUUCGUCGUCCCCCAUAUUCUCGAACAAUUAGCCCUCUUUCGGGGCGUCAAGACAGGAUCUCAGAAAGCAGAAUUCGUCCAACGAUUCUAUUUCGUCUUUCUAUUCAUCCAAGUCUUCCUCGUCGUAUCCAUCGCAUCGUUCUUCACUGCCUCGGCCGAAACGUUGGCGAGGAAUUUCGAAGGCCUUACCAAUGUCACGAAUAUUCUAGAUCUCCUUGCCGACAACCUCCCGAGAGCUUCAAACUACUUCUUCUCCUAUAUGUUACUCCAGGCAUUGUCUGUCAGUUCUGGAACGUUGCUUCAAAUCGGCGCUGUGUUGGUUUGGUAUAUUCUGGCCAGAAUUCUCGACUCGACAGCCCGCGACAAAUGGAAGCGGAACACGACGUUGUCAAAAAUCGCGUGGGGCCAAUUCUUUCCAGUCUACACCAACUUUGCGUGCAUUGCACUUGUCUACAGCGUUGUCGCACCGCUGAUUUCGCUGUUCGCGGUCCUGACGUUUGGCCUGCUGUGGUUCGCUCAACGCUAUAGCAUGCUCUAUGUCACACGGUUCGAGAACGACACAGGUGGCGUCUUGUAUCCCCGUGCGAUCAAUCAGACAUUCACAGGCCUGUACGUGAUGGAAGCUUGCUUGGCAGGCUUGUUUUUCAUCGUGCAAGACACUCACGGCAAGAAUACCGCUGUGCCGCAGGGCAUCAUCAUGCUGAUCACUAUUGGGCUGACGGCUGUCUAUCAAAUUUCGCUCAAUACGUCUUUUUCGCCGCUGUUCCGGUAUUUGCCCAUCACUGUCGAGGACGAGGCAGUUAUCAGAGACGAAGCGUUCCAGCGAGCGCAAAAUAAGCGCCUAGGACUCCUCGAUGAUGACGACGACGACGACGAGAAGACGCCCAUGAGGAACGGGGACGGUGCCGGAUCAGACAACCGCGAUAUUGAAAUGCAAAACAUGAAUAAUGGAGUGCCGAAAAGGAAGCCUUCGACUAUGCGUAAAGUGAAGGACGUCGGCCACUGGGCUAAGCGGGAAGGCAAGAACCUGCGCAGCAAGACCUGGAAGAUGGGCCCGGCGCCAGUACACACGGCGGCUGAGUACCGACGCCAGCAGCGUAACAAAGAUCUCGAGGCUCAACGGGCACUGGGAGAAGCGUUGUAUGGCGGUUUCCACGACGAAAUUGAAGACUUGACGCCCGAUGAGCGCGAUGCACUCGUUAAGAACGCGUUCAAGCAUUACGCUCUUCGGGCGCGCGCACCUGCAGUCUGGCUGCCCCGUGACGAUAUUGGGGUGAGCGACGAUGAGAUCCGGCGCACAAAGGAGUAUAGCGAACACAUUUGGAUCAGCAACGAGGGAACGGCUCUUGACAGCAAGGUUCGCGUGGUGUACGGCGCCAACCCGCCCGAUUUCUCAGAGAUCGACAUCAUUAACCUUUGA